AUGAAUCAGCAACAGCAACAACAAAAACAACAACAACAACGCAUGACAGUAUCGGAACGACGUGCUACAUACCCACUCCAACGCCGAUUAAAGAUCUACAGCCCUGACACCAUGGCACGGCAGUUGAACCAAGAAAAAGCACAAAAAAAGUUGGUUGUGAAUGGAGUCAACAUUUUAAACAAGUCGUGCCUUGACAAGGAUAUCAUCAUGGAUCGGAUAAAACAACGUCGAGAAACCCACAAUCUUGUAGAACGGCGGAGGAGAGACAUGCUUAAUGGAUUGAUCAAUGAACUUGCCCAAGCGAUUCCGUCAAAUGCAACAUGUGAAACCGAGAAAUGCCAUCGUGCACAGGUCCUUCGACAAGCAAUCGAUUACAUCCAUUCCAUACAGCGCGAAAAUGAAAUCAUGCGUGCCCAAUUGCAACAACAGCAAAGCAUCGACACAUCGAUCCCACCACCAUUAUCAUCCUCAUCGUCUUCAUCGACCGUGUCAAAUAAUCCAUCACCAACACAAGAUUGA